UGAGAGUAGCGCGAUGGGAGACAGAGAGAGUAGCGAGAUAGGAGAGAGACAGAGUAGCGCGGCGGGAGAGAGAGAGAGUAGCGAGAUGGGAGAGAGAGAGAGAGAGAGAGAGAGAGAGAGAGAGAGAGAGAGAGAGAGAGAGAGAGAGAGAGAGAGAGAGAGAGAGAGAGAGAGAGAGAGAGAGAGAGAGAGAGAGAGAGAGAGAGAGAGAGAGAGAGAGAGAGAGAGAGAGAGAGAGAGAGAGAGAGAGAGUAGCGAAAUGGGAGAGAGACAGAGUAGCGCGGCGGGAGAGAGAGAGAGAGAGAGGAGCGCGGCGAGAGAUAGAGAAAGUAGUGCGAUGGGAUAGAGAGCAGCGUGAUGAGAUGGGAG